GGGUAGUUCUACCCUGUCGUAUAGGGUUUCCAUGAGUCGGAAUAGACUCCACAGCAACGGGCUUUGUUUGAUUUGCGUAGCAUAUUGUAGGCUCUCAGUGAAACAUUCGUUGAGGAAUGAACAUUGACACUGUCGAAAGUUGGGCUGUUGGAAAGAGGCUAAGGAUUCGAGUUGGCCCAGCCCCGAACGCAACUGGUCUCUCUGCAAGGACUUAUCAGAACCUUUACAUGCAAAUGUGCGUUAUGAACUUCCAGAAGUCUGGGGAAUUUCUCAAACAUAAGUAGUCCGUGGGAUUUUCUUCAGGAAGCAUCUCUGAGGACAGCAGGUGUCUUAGGAUCUCCCAAUGGGGUGGCUUUGCUCUGGACUCAUGUUCCCCAUGAGCUGCCUGAUCCUGGUGUGGGCAGCAGGCUCUGGUAGCAUUAAGGUCCUGCCUAAGCCCACCUGCUUCUCCGACUAUACCACCACCUCCAUCUGUGAGUGGAAGAUGGCGGAUCCCACCAACUGCAGCGCUGAGCUCCUCCUGUCCUAUGAGCUCCUGUCUUACCAGCAGAAUCUUGACCCCUCUGAAAACCGGACAUGUGUCCCCGAGAACAAGGAAGUCAUGGUGUGUGUGUGCAGUAUGCAAACGGAGCUCUUAUACGCUGUGGACGUCUAUGCCCUGAGACUGUGGGCUGGGCAGCAGCUGCUAUGGGAAGAUCACUUCCGGCCCAGCAAUCAUAUCAAACCCAGAGCCCCAGGAAACCUCAUGGUUCACAAGAAUGCCUCUGAUAUGUUGCUGCUGACGUGGACCCACCCGUACGCUCCUGGGGAUCUGCUGUACUCUGAGCUCACAUACCUGGUCAACAUCUCAAAUGAAAACGACCCCUCGGAUUUCAAAGUCCAAGAGGUGACCUAUAAGGAACCCUUCCUUCACCUGCCAGCCAGGUCCCUAAAGUCUGGAGCCUUCUACAGAGCGUCAGUGAAGGCCCUGGCUCAGGGGUAUAACAGUACCUGGAGUGAGUGGAGCCACAGCAACGCAUGGUACAACUACUACAAGAAGCCACUGGUGCAGGGCCUCCCGCUUAGUGUCAGCAUCUCCUGCAUCGUCAUCCUGGCCAUCUGUCUGUCCUGCUACUUCAUCAUCAUCAGGAUUAAGAAAGAAUGGUGGGACCAGAUUCCCAACCCAGCCCACAGUCCCCUCAUAGCUAUCAUCAUCCAGGACUCACAGGUGUCGCUAUGGGGGAAGCCGUCCCGAGGCCAGAAACCAGCCAAGUGCCCACGCUGGAAGACUUGUCUUACCAAGCUCCUGCCCUGUUUUCUGGAGCAUAAGAAGGAAAGGGACGAGGAUUCCCCCAAGGCUGCCGGACAUGGGCCUUUCCAGGGCCCUGGAAAGUCAGCCUGGUGCUCUGCGGAGCUCAGCAAGACAGUGCUCUGGCCAGAGAGCACCAACGUGGUGCAGUGUGUGGAGCUGUUUGAGGCUCAGGUGGAGGGCGAGGAGGAGGAAGUAGAGGAAGAUAAAGGGAGCUUCUGCCCUUCUCCUGAGAGCAGUGGGGUCAGCUUCCAAGAGGGCAGGGAGGGCAUUGCGGCCCGGCUGACAGAGAGCCUGUUCCUGGACCUCCUCGGGGGGCAGGAUGGGGUCUUUGGCCCACAGGGCUUGGGAGAGUCUUUGCUGUCUCCACCAUCAGGAAGCAGGAAUACUCAGAUGCCCUGGGUGGAGGUCCCAAGUACAGAGCCCAAGGAGGCAACUCUGCAAGGCAAGGAGCCGGAGUUGACCAGCCAGGCUUUCACAGAGAUGCCUGCUGUCAUCGCAGACGACCCCGUGUACCGCAGCCUCGGCACUUUCCUAAGCCAGUCCCCAGGCCCUGGAGAGCUGGACUCAGACCUGCAGCUGGCUGAGCACCUGGGGAAAGUGGACUCCCAGGCCUCCUGUGCCCCCCAGCCUUUGGAGCAGCCUACCUCGCUCCAGCCGGGGCUGGAGACCUGGGAACAGAUUCUCCGCCAGAGUGUCCUCCAGCAUGGGGCAGCCCCAGCCCCUGCCUUGGCGCCUGCCAGCAGGGCAGCCCUGGCCCCCGCCUCGGUCCCCAUCAGUGGCUAUCGGGAAUUUGUGAGUGCUGUGAAGCAGGGUAGCACCCAGGAUGGCCAGGCAGUGGGCUUCAGCCCUCCCGGAGAGGCUGGGUAUAAGGCCUUCUCAAGCCUGCUUGCCAACGGUGCCACCUGCCCGGGAAUAUGUAGGGUUGAGGCCAGCAGUAGGGAGGGGGGCUACAAGCCCUUCCAGAACCUCCUUCCAGGCUGCCCUGAGGCCUCUGGCCCAGGCCUGGUCCCCCAGUUCACCUUUGGACUGGACAUGGAGCCCCCUCACAGCCUGCAGAGCUCACUCUUCCCAAGCGCUUCCCCAGAGCACCUCAGUCUGGGGCCAGUGCUGAAGGGAGAGGACGGCCAGAAGCCCCCGCUCCCCUCAGAGCAGGCCACAGACCCCCUCAGGGACGACCUGGGCAGUGGCAUCGUCUACUCAGCCCUCACCUGCCACCUGUGUGGCCACCUGAAGCAGUGUCAUAGCCAGGAGGAGCAUGGCGAGGCCUACACUGUGGCCGGCCCCUGCUGUGACUGCUGCUGUGGAGACAGGUCCUCACCUUUGCUGAGCCCCCUGAGGGCUCCGGACCCCUUGCCAGGUGGGCUUCGACUGGAGGCCAGCCUCUCUUCAGCAUCCCCAACUCCCUUGGAUGUCUCAGAGGAGAGUAAGUCCUCACUGUCGAUUCAGCCUGCCCUCAGCAAUGCUCAGAGCUCAGGCCAGCCACCCAAGAUGGUGGCCAUGGCCUCCACAGAACCCCCGUGCAUGAGGGUGACCUAGGUGUGUGCCGCCUGUCAUUGAGGAUCCCACGUGAGGGCUGGGGCUUAUCCAUGCCUGGGAAAGGCCUCUGCCUGGAAGGUAGCCAGACUGGCAGAUUUCUGGAAGACUGAGAGAACCCUAGUGUGAAGUUGUCCCAACAUGGGGACUACAGAGACUAGACCCCCUCCCAACGUGAGCCUGGGCUUGCCACAAGGCCCUGUAGCCACUUCCCCUGGAGUGCAGGGCACUGGGCAGCUGGGCCACACAGCGGACACCUACAGGACUUAACUUCGCUCAUGAGGUCCCUGGGUACCGUGACUUGUGAGCAAACCACUGAGUCCUUCUUCCAUGGCUUCCGCAGCUGUGGGUCCUUGUCCUGCCCAGUGGACACACUCCACACGCGGCUCCACUCUGUCACCAUGUCUCACGCAGUCCUGGGGUUUGCUGCCACAUUUCACUGCAUUGGAAGCUGAGUCUAGAAACUAACAAAGCCAAACAGGGAGACGUUGGGAAAUAGAUGGGAACGUGAGGUCCAGGGAGAGUGGCCACUGCCCAGAGGUGGCCAUUCAUUCAGCAGAGCUUCACUGGGUCGAUGCUGGAGGCAGAAUCUGGGCUCUCGAGCCACACUUAGUCAAGUGGAGGUGACAGAACACCCGUUGCCAUCGAGUUGAUUCCGAUUCAUAGUGAACCUACACGACAGAGCAGAAGUGCCCCAUAGGGUUUUCAAGGAGCGGCUGGUGGAUUCGAACUGCCGACCUUUUGGUUAGCAGCUGGGCUCGUAACCACUGUGCCUUGCACUGGUGGCAGAAGUAUGCGGAAAAUCAUGAUUACCAAAGUCACACGGUGUGCAUCAGGCUCCGAAGCACGACUGUCAGGCCGGGUCUCCUGCUAAACACGGGGUAUCGGAUAAAUGUGCCCUGCGACCUUGAGGCCAGCAGCCACACGGAGACCAGCAGGGAGUGGUUCCUGCCCGUGACACUGCUCCAGUAGGCCACGCAGAUGGCAGGCACCACUCAGCCUGCACAUUGGCCCAGACUUGGGCUGGGGAUGGCGGGGACCUUGGGUGGAGCAGUGUUUAAGUGAGUCUAAAAGACUGUUUUAUCACCUGAGGAGGGUGAGUGGGAGGGGGACGGGGCUUUGCAGUAAAUAAAGGCUCUUGAUCUGUUUGUUUUUGUUUAUUAAGCAAACCUAGUGCUUUACAUCUACGGACUCAUUUCAUCCCCCCAUCAACCAUGUGAGGAAUGAAGAUGCAAGAGAUGAAGUUACUUGCUGUCUGGAUUUCCCCGAGACCAAGCUCCCCCUCCCCACCACACACACGUGGUUUACAGACGGGAAAAUGUAGCUCUACGGAAGGAAGGGGACUUGCCAAGGUCACACGGUGAAUGGCAGAGCCUGAACUUGGACGUUUUGCCUCCAAGGUUAGAGCUCUUUAUAAAAAAUAUCAUAUAAUUUACUAUAAAAAUAUCGAUUUAGGGCCAAACAACAUGCUAAAUGCUGUACAUCCACUAUGUCAUGUAUGCCUCCCAACCCCUCUAAGAGGUAGGUUCAUUUAUUAUUCCAGUUGCACAGAUGAGGAACCCGGCUCAGAAAGGUUGAGGAUUAGCUUAGAGUCACACAGCUAGGAUCCCAGUGCAGUUUGAUUUAGGAGGUGAUCCCAGGAAGCCCUGGAGGGGGAGCAGGGAAGUGAGACAGAGAGGAAGGAGUCAGGAAAGGAUGUGUUACGGACAGGUUACCAGUGUGGCAGCUGAUGCUGUAUCCCAAUGAGGAACUCUGGGAAACGAUGCCCAGAGCGCAAAGGGUGAGGGAGCUGGGUGGGGCAUGUGUUCCCCAGCUCCCCGGCUGGUGCUGGUUGAGGGCUGCUCCACACUGCAGCUUGCCUGCACCCUGGCUACUCCAGGCAAAGUCCCUGGACUGAGAGGUGAAGACAUUUGAGCAGGGGAGCUGCACAGGGCAGCGACAGCGGCUGCUGCACUUCGGCAGGGUCACACAGCUGGUUCGUGGCAGGCCAGUAGCUGAACCCUUUUGUGUCCCCAUUGCUCACACCCUCUGUAGGUCUGUAGUUGGCCUGAGCUUGACAUUGGACAGUGAGAUGGGAUGGGCCUCAGAUGGGGGGUUGUAGGGACAAGGGACCUUAAGUCCCUAGGCCUGUGAUCACUGUGUCUCUGAGUAGCUGCUCCUACUUCUACACGUGGCUGUUUGAGGCUCCUUCCUGUUCUGGUGUACUGCAUAAUACACUAGAAGUGGUGAGGGGCUCACCACUUCACACGCAGCCUGAUGGGUCUUGGAAAUGCCUCCUUUGUGCUCAGCCCAAAUCUAAUCUGUCCCUUUAGCUGCUCACUCUU